AUGUUGGCGCUUGCGGUCAGCUUUCUCGUAUGGGCGACAGCUCAUGCGGCUCCUACUUCGAAAUCAGCACCUACAGUCAAGGUCCUCAAUGGAACGUAUGUGGGAACACACAACACGCAAUAUAACCAGGAUUUGUUCUUGGGUAUGCCCUAUGCCCAACAGCCAGUGGGCAAUCUACGGUUCAGCGUUCCGCAUUCAUUGAACGAAAGCUGGAAGGGAACGCGCGAGGCAAAGGAAUACUCGGACAUUUGUGUCGGAUAUGGGACGGACUCGAUCUGGUAUCCCCAGUCCGAAGCUUGUCUUACCAUCAAUGUCAUCCGAAGCUCGUCUGUAACGGAUGAUUCUAAGCUCCCCGUUGCAGUCUGGAUUCACGGUGGUGGGUUCUAUGAGGGAUCUGGAUCGGAUCAACGGUACAACAUGUCGAGAAUUCUAGAGAACUCGUACGAUAUCGGUAAACCUUUCAUCGCAGUCACGCUUAAUUACAGACUCUCGGCCUGGGGCUGGAUAAGUUCAAGCCAGGUCUGGGGCAGCGGGAACACAAACCUCGGAUUGCGAGACCAGAGACUAGCCCUACAUUGGGUCCAGGAGAAUAUCGCUGCAUUCGGUGGUGAUCCUACGAAAGUCACUAUCUGGGGCGAGUCUGCAGGAGCCAUGUCAGUUGGUUACCAUCUCACAGCGUAUGGUGGACGAGACGACAAGCUCUUUCGGGCUGGGAUUAUGGAGUCUGGUGGUUCCAUUGGAGCCAUCCCGUCAAAUUACACUGGAUUCCAGUCUACCUAUGACCAGCUCGUGUCUCUAGUGAAUUGCACGGGUACGGUCGACACGUUGCAGUGCCUGCGCGAAGUCCCUUUUGCUACUCUCAACGCUGUUUUGAAUGGGACUGACGGAUCCUCCGAUUAUAAUUUCUGGCCGGUGGUGGAUGGCGAUUUGCUUCGGAACUGGGGUAGUGUGCAGUUGAACAAGCAUGAAUUUGUCAAGGUUCCAAUUCUGGCUGGGACUAACACAGAUGAGGGGACUGCGUUUGGUCCUACGGGCAUUAACACUACCCAGCAGUGGUAUGAGUAUCUGACCGAUGGAGGCUUCGAUUUCCAAACCCCACCAUUCAUCGCCGAUGAAAUCCUCAAGCUUUAUCCUGAUAACCCAUCACUAGGAAUCCCCGAGUUCCUGGGUGACGAGCGAGUUCCAUCUGAGGGCUGGGAAUGGCGGCGGACCAGUGCCUUUGCAGGCGAUUUCACCAUGCAUGCGAAUCGACGCCGACAGUGUGAAGCCUGGACGGAGACCUCCACACCGGCAUACUGCUAUCGAUUCAACGUACACUCCGCGGACACACCGCUCCUUGCCGGAGCGACUCAUUUCGAAGAAGUGGCGUUUGUAUUCAAUAACAUCGACGGACUAGGAUAUCAUUACGGGAAACCGUUCGCCGGGGUUCCACAGUCGUACUACGAUCUGAGUUCGAUGAUGACGAGUAUGUGGGCCUCGUUCAUCCACGAUUUGGACCCGAAUCCAGGGACCGUCAACGCCUCUGUUCAUUGGGAUGCGUACGGGCUGGAUAGCCCGGUCGACCUCUUUCUCAAUGCGAAUACGACUAGUCAUAUGGAGGCUGAUACAUGGCGCAAGGAACCAAUUGAUUAUCUCAAUUCGGUGGCUGAGGCUUUCUGGCGGUAG